GCUUUUACAAUGAUGAAGGUCUCCAUUACUCGAAGAGAGAUCAUCAAACCAUCCUCUCCUACUCCUCCUAACCUUAAAAUUUUCAAACUCUCUCUUCUUGAUCAAGUCCAAGUGACAAGCUACGCUCCGGUGGUUUUCUUCUACUCGUCAAGCAAUGUUCAUGUGGUGGAAAACAUGUUACUACAACGUAUGCAGCGUUUGAAGAUAUCCUUAUCGGAAGCUCUCACUCAGUACUACCACUUCGCAGGAAAAUUUAUAGACCAGACCUCUAUUGAAUGCAAUGAUCAAGGAGCCGAGUUUGUGGAGGCUCGAGUCAAUUGUUCUUUAUCCGACGUUCUUGAACAACUAGACAUUUCCCAACUUGAGAAACUAUUCUCGGUGGAUCCUAGAACCUUGGUAACGACCGAGGAUUUUUUGGUGACUGUUCAAGCCAAUGUAUUUGAAUGUGGCGGGAUGGCAAUUGCGAUAUGCGUUACGCAUAAAAUUGUGGAUGCGGGCUCUUAUUAUACAUUCGUCGAGAAAUGGGCUGCCAUAGCUCGAGACUCAGACGACGGUGUGCUUCCGGACUUAACCAUCGCAUCAUCUCUUUUUCCUCCACAGGAUUGCAUUUUGCCUACUUUCGAUUUUCCUAGGGAAAAGUGCGUCGCAAGAAGGUUUGUUUUCAGUCCUUCAAGUAUUGAAGCACUCAAAACAAAUUGCGCCAGUACAAACGUGCAACGCCCGACUAGAACAGAUGUGGUGGUGGCACUACUUUGGAAAUGUCUAAUAACAACAUCAAAAUUGCUCAGCGGAGAUUCAAGUAAUUAUAUGUGUACUCGCGCUGUAAACUUGCGGCGGAGAUUUUCUCCCCCGUUGCCAAAACAUGCAGUUGGCAAUCUUUUAGCGUCGCUGGUGACCCUCAUGAAAGUUGAGGACAAAAACGAUUUGGAAUUGCAAUCGAUAGUUGCCCUUCUUAGGAAACGGAUGCAAGAAUUUAAGUUCGAGCAAGGCCAAAAUAUUUUUGGGGAAACAAACUCAGAGAUGAUGGAUUUGGUAAGUAAGGCGGGCGCACACUAUUUUUAUGUGACUACGUCGUGUGGAAUGUCGGUGUAUGAAGCUGAUUUUGGAUGGGGAAAGCCAGUAUGGAUUAAUGUCAUCAAUCUGAAUAUGUCUAAUCUCGUAAUCUUAAACGAUAUGAGAGAGGGAAAUGGGAUUGAAGCUAUAAUGUACUUGACUAAAGAAGAGAUGGCGGUUUUUGAACGUAACCAUGAACUGCUAGCAUUCGCUACUUUAGGUCACAACAUAUUUGAAGAUACCAGCAGAACUAGCACUUCAAGGCUCUGAUUAUCUAUUAUUAGGCAUCCUGGCCUCUUUUUAAAAAAUAAAUAAAAUUUCUCUUGUUAUAUUAUAAUUGAGCAAAUUCUUAAUUUUUGGAAAGAAUAGAAAAGGAGUUGGGUUCAGGAUUA